CGGCGGAGGGCGGGGAGCCGCGUGGGGAAGCCGGGCAGGUCCGCUGGCAGGCGGGAACCGACCGCGGGGAGCGGGAGUGAUUUCCGACGCGGACGGGGGGGCGGCCCGGAGCCCCGCCGAGGCUCCAGCGCGCAGCCGACAUGGGCAACGCCGGGAGCAUGGAUUCGCAGCAGACCGAUUUCAGGGCGCACAACGUGCCUUUGAAGCUACCGAUGCCGGAGCCAGGUGAACUGGAGGAACGGUUUGCCGUCGUGCUGAAUGCUAUGAACCUACCUCCUGACAAAGCCAGGUUGCUGCGACAGUAUGACAAUGAGAAAAAAUGGGAACUGAUUUGUGAUCAGGAACGAUUCCAGGUGAAGAAUCCCCCCCAUACAUACAUCCAAAAGCUCAAAGGCUAUCUGGAUCCAGCAGUUACCCGGAAGAAAUUCAGAAGGCGUGUUCAAGAAUCUACACAAGUGCUAAGAGAACUGGAAAUUUCUUUAAGAACCAACCAUAUUGGAUGGGUCAGAGAAUUUUUGAAUGAAGAAAACAAAGGCCUUGAUGUUCUAGUGGAAUAUCUGUCAUUUGCUCAAUAUGCAGUAACUUUUGACUUCGAAAGUGUGGAAAGUACAGUAGAGAAUUCGGUGGACAAAUCAAAGCCCUGGAGUAGAUCCAUUGAGGACCUGCACAGAGGGAGCAACCUGCCCUCACCAGUGGGCAACAGUGUUUCCCGCUCUGGAAGGCAUUCCGUGCUGCGAUAUAAUACUUUGCCAAGCAGAAGAACCCUGAAAAAUUCAAGAUUAGUGAGUAAGAAAGAUGACGUUCAUGUCUGCAUCAUGUGUUUACGAGCCAUCAUGAAUUAUCAGUAUGGUUUCAACAUGGUCAUGUCUCAUCCACAUGCUGUCAAUGAGAUUGCACUAAGCCUGAACAACAAGAACCCCAGGACAAAAGCCCUUGUUUUAGAGCUAUUGGCAGCUGUUUGUCUGGUCAGAGGCGGCCAUGAAAUAAUUUUAUCAGCUUUUGAUAACUUCAAGGAGGUUUGUGGAGAAAAACAACGCUUUGAGAAGUUGAUGGAACAUUUCAGGAAUGAAGACAAUAACAUAGAUUUUAUGGUGGCCUCUAUGCAAUUUAUUAAUAUUGUGGUUCAUUCAGUAGAAGACAUGAACUUCAGAGUUCACCUACAGUAUGAAUUUACCAAAUUAGGCCUGGAUGAAUACCUGGAUAAGCUGAAGCACACAGAGAGUGACAAGCUGCAAGUCCAGAUUCAGGCUUACCUAGACAACGUGUUUGAUGUUGGAGCUCUGCUUGAAGAUGCAGAAACUAAGAAUGCAGCCUUGGAGAGGGUGGAAGAACUGGAAGAAAACAUUUCUCAUUUAUCUGAAAAACUGCAAGACACGGAGAAUGAAGCCAUGUCCAAGAUCGUGGAACUAGAAAAACAGCUCAUGCAGAGGAACAAGGAACUGGACGUUGUCCGAGAAAUCUAUAAAGAUGCAAAUACCCAAGUUCACACAUUAAGAAAAAUGGUCAAAGAAAAAGAAGAAGCCAUUCAAAGACAGUCUACCCUGGAAAAAAAGAUACAUGAACUGGAGAAACAAGGGACCAUUAAAAUUCAGAAGAAAGGGGAUGGAGACAUCUCCAUACUGCCAGUUGUAGCUUCUGGCACACUGCCGACAGGGUCAGAGGCAGUAGCUGGUCACUAUGUGGGAACCUUGCCCCCUCCUGCCCCACCACUACCUCUGUCACCAGACACACCUGAAUCAGUGCAAAAUGGUCCCGUAACACCAUCAAUGCCACCAGCCCCACCUCCCCCCCCACCCCCUCCUCCACCNCCUCCUCCCCCUCCUCCCCUCCCAGGCCCUACAGCCAGCGAGACUGUGCCAGGACCUCCUCUCCCACCUCCCCCUCCUCCCUCUGCACCCCCACUCCCUGGGACAUCUUCACCUACAGUGGUUUUCAACUCAGGAUUAGCAGCUGUGAAAAUUAAGAAGCCAAUCAAGACCAAGUUCAGAAUGCCAGUGUUUAACUGGGUUGCUUUGAAGCCCAAUCAGAUCAAUGGCACAGUCUUCAACGAAAUUGAUGAUGAGCGGAUUUUGGAGGACUUAAAUGUGGAUGAAUUUGAGGAAAUAUUUAAGACGAAAGCCCAGGGCCCUGCCAUUGAUCUUUCUUCAAGCAAGCAGAAAACAACACAAAAAGGAUCGAACAAAGUGACAUUACUAGAAGCAAACAGGGCCAAAAAUCUUGCCAUCACAUUGAGGAAAGCUGGGAAGACUGCGGAUGAAAUUUGUAAAGCUAUCCAUGUAUUUGACUUGAAGACACUGCCUGUGGACUUUGUAGAAUGUUUGAUGAGGUUUUUGCCAACUGAGAAUGAGGUAAAAGUUCUCCGGCUUUAUGAGCGGGAAAGGAAGCCCUUGGAGAACCUAUCAGACGAAGACCGCUUCAUGAUGCAGUUCAGUAAGAUUGAGAGGCUCAUGCAGAAGAUGACCAUCAUGGCCUUCAUCGGGAACUUUGCAGAAAGCAUUCAGAUGCUGACCCCCCAACUGCAUGCAAUUAUAGCAGCAUCUGUCUCUAUAAAGUCAUCCCAAAAGCUCAAGAAAAUACUGGAGAUCAUCUUGGCCCUUGGAAACUAUAUGAAUAGCAGCAAACGAGGAGCAGUUUAUGGAUUUAAACUUCAGAGUUUAGAUCUGCUCUUAGACACAAAAUCAACAGACCGAAAACAAACACUGUUGCACUAUAUAUCCAAUGUUGUAAAAGAAAAAUAUCACCAAGUGUCACUAUUUUAUAAUGAGCUUCAUUAUGUGGAAAAAGCUGCUGCAGUCUCUCUUGAGAAUGUCCUAUUGGAUGUCAAGGAGCUACAGAGGGGCAUGGACCUGACCAAGAGGGAGUACACCAUGCAUGACCACAACACGCUGCUGAAGGAGUUCAUUGUCCACAAUGAGGGGAAGCUGAAGAAGCUGCAGGAUGAUGCCAAGAUUGCACAGGAUGCCUUUGAUGAUGUGGUGAAGUAUUUUGGAGAAAACCCUAAGACAACACCCCCCUCUGUCUUCUUUCCUGUGUUUGUGCGGUUCGUGAAGGCCUACAAGCAAGCAGAAGAUGAAAACGAGCUGAGGAAAAAGCAGGAACAGGCUCUCAUGGAAAAACUGCUGGAGCAAGAAGCUCUGAUGGAGCAGCAAGACCCAAAGUCUCCUUCCCAUAAAUCAAAGAGGCAGCAACAAGAGUUAAUUGCAGAGUUGAGAAGGCGACAGGUCAAAGAUAACAGACAUGUAUAUGAGGGGAAGGAUGGAGCCAUUGAAGAUAUCAUCACAGCCUUAAAGAAGAAUAAUAUCACUAAAUUUCCAAAUGUUCACUCGAGGAUCUUAGAAACCAACCAUACAGACGGGCCGAUGCGGUGAGGAGAAGUGUCAGGCGGCGCUUUGAUGAUCAGAACCUGCGUUCUCUUAAUGGUGCAGAAAUAACCAUGUGAACCUGAGACCUGUCUGUGUGUAUAGAGUGUGUGGGAAUGGAACUGCCCUCAUGAACUUUAUGUGCUACCAUUUAGCUGCAGCCUUUGAACACAGACAAAAAUAUUAAGGGCUCAGAUUUAGCAAACACAUAGGAAUUUUAAAAUAAUGGGUUCUCCUUUUAGCCCCUGUUAACAAGUGCCUAAAAAUGAAGUACCUGCUCAGAUGAAUCAAAGCAAUAGGAUUUGAUUUGACUAGGUAUCUUUUUACAUCAGUCACUAUGUUACUCAGUUUUGUAACCAAAAUGUAAAUUCAUGACUUGCCAUUGUGAUUAUUCCAUAGUGGCCCACCCUGGUUUCCUGAUAAGUUGUAAAUAACAUGGAUGUAUUUGCUCUGGACUUCCUUUGCUAUCUUCUAAGGAAUUCUGUGUCCCACCCAUAUCCAUCCAAUUUAUAUUUUUAAGGACUUGCCACAUAAAAAUUGUCACAUGAUAAAAAUCCUUUCAUUAUCAAGCCCUAGCAAAGUGCAAACAGGAUACAAUUACAGUGGCACAGAAGUUGUCUCUCAGAUCUGUCUCCAGUUCCAUGCUCUACUGCUUCUAGGCUGGCUGUCCUGUUCCGAGAGACAUUCACUGGAAUAAAUGCAAGAUAAUAGCAUAAAAUGCUAUAAGACUUACUUGCAGCACUAUGUUCUUAAGCUAGGGCAGCUUUUUUAAUAAAACAAAUAUAUUUAUUUAAUUAGCACUAAAACUAACAUCUCAGUCAUCAUUAUUAAUGGAUUUCUGAGGACUAUUAUGGGUCAAUCCUGAGGAUAGAAAUUGGUGCCUUGUUAGGGAGUUUAUUAGCUCUAUCAGUAGGCAUUCCAUAGACUGUAUCUGCUAGCAAUGUUAGGAACCUAGCUUUACUUUCCUGACAAUCGCAGGGUUUUUGUUUUUUCCUUUUGUAAAUUGGGGAAUAUUAACAUGUUUGGCAUUAGAUAUCAAAGCUGAAUUGUUUAUACUUUUACUGCUGGUUAAGAACUGCAUAUUAACAUUGGGAUUAUGUUUAAGCUGUAUGUGAUGGGGCUAAAUGGUUAACCUGUUACUUUUACCUUUCUUUCUGGCAAGGCACUGGACCCAUUCCAAAGUUAAAAAAAACUGGACUCAAGCUAAAUUUGUACGUUUCAUAAUAUACACGUCUGCUUCUGGCUUACCAUCUUGAUACAUUAAUUGUAAAGUUUAUUGUAUAGUAUUUAACCACUGAAUUUCUUAUUUUAUGUUGUGCUCAUGUGAACCUUUUGGUGAAGGUCCCUUUUCCUUGGAUGUGUAGUUAAAUGAUCUUUUUUUAAAUGUACAGAUAUUUUGCUAUAAAAUUGGUGCAGUUUUUUUUUUAUGGUUUUUACACUUCUCUUUAAUUCCCACCUAAGCCUCUGGGUAAUACUGUAAAUAUUGUUUAAAAGUGCAUCACCCUAUGCUAUACAAUCUGAAUGUUAUUUUAACUUAUAGUUUUUUUUAAUAUAUAUAUAUAUAUUUAACUACAAGGACAGUUUAGAGAUAAGUUACAGUUCACCUUAGUACCUACCUAUUUACAGAUUACUUUUAAACUGCCACCUACUGGCACAUUUCCCUGUGUACUUUAAAAAGAACAUGCCAAGAUGUUGUCUUUCUGUUACAUCAACAUGCAUUUUGGUGAAAAUAGCUAUUUAAUCAUGAAUUAUAAGCCAAAUAAUUGGGCCAUUAUUUUAAGCAGCUGUUUUUUUCAAAGGUCAAUGCUGGUAUGCAUUUGUUAAAGUAAUUGCCUAUUUAGUAAUGUACGAAUAGACAAUAAUGUUGGCAUGUUCUUUUCUGUUUAUUAAUGGGCCUGCUUCUUAGCAAUAUUAGAAUGUUUUAUAAAUGCAAAUCAUGCUACUUUUCUGGUCUUUUCAUGCCAUAUGAAGAGCAAAUAAAACUAUUUACACUA